AUGACGAGUGGCUUGGCAGCGAUUGGCGUGCAGCUGGCGACGUACGUACAGCAGCUCCAGGAGCUCCAGGACAAGAACCAGAACAAGCAUCGGUUCCGGCCCACGUUUUGGCUGCAGCAGACGGACUUUGAUGUUGCGCGGGAGGUUUUUGUCACGGCUGCUGCCACAAUUGGACAGACUGUGACCAAGUUCUCGAUCGUGUACAGUAGACCACCAAGUGAGGAGGAAGGCGUUAGUAUCUGCGAAGCACUGGCCAAGCCAUGUGAACAGCUACUGUCCGCUACGACAGUUGCUCUCUUUUGUGGAGCUGGACCGUCGCUUGCAACGGAAGUGAUUCAUGCUACAAUUCGGCUGAUCAAGAGUGUGCACGAUCUUGUACAAAGCAUUGAGAAAGGAUCUCUCGACCGUGUGCCGCAGCUCACGGGUCGGGUGUGGGAGUACUCUUCGCUGAGUGUGUCCAAGUCUAAUUGCGUAGCGACAAAACGCAGUAUGUUGCAGUGUAUUGCGAUGCUGAACUCGACCGUGGAUGAGCUCAAGGAAUUUCUUGUUGAGCAAGACGAAGGUGAUAGCCAAGCUGCACCAUUAGACGACGUGGAGGAAGACGACGAAUUUGCGUUCGACUCGAGCUUGAUGGAUGAUGAGCGGGCGUUGUUCAAGAGUAGCCUCAAGCUGCUGUCGAUGUGCGCUGCCAUUAUGAAACGGGGUGUGCUGACGAUCCGAAAGUUGACGAUACCGAGUGGCCAGGACGAUUUGCUUAAAUGGACAGCCAGGCUGGACGUGAGUUACACGUCAGCACAGGAUGCGAUCGUGGACUUUGGUGCAGCGCUGUACCCGCCUAUUGGAACGGAUGAACUAGCAGAGGCUGUGAGUAAGCUGGAGACUGCUGCAACAGCCAUUUUGGCGUGCUUGAAGGAGAUGCCGGAGUUGACAAGUACGGAAGAAGAUGCUUUGUCAGUCGGCGAGGCUGCUUUCGCGACGCAGAUAGCCACUGUGAAGCGCCAAAUAGAGACCUCUCAGUAA